CCGUAAACACCAUUCCCCCUCACAUUACUCAACCAAACCGCUCCUUUUAAGCUUUUUUUUCUCUCUCUCUCUCUCUCCUUGUCCACAAAAUUUUAUUUUAAUUUCAGUUCCGUAGACGUGGUUGAUGCUUACAAACUCUGCUUUUGGCUGCGCAUAAGUUUUAACGUUGGAUCUGUGUCUCUGGACUCCGCGUUGUCGUCGAUGGUAACUCACAUAAUCAAAUGAUGUCAUCACUCUUAACCUUGGGAGAUAAGGUAGUGUGGUAAGACUCAUGUUAAGAUUAAGAUUUUCCUCUUCCAAGAGCAGUUUCCACUAGGCUUAGGCUAGUUAGGCGUGUGUUUUGGGGACCCAAAUUAGAGAGUAUUGUCUUUGCAACGUGACCUUCAUAAAUGGAAGGACACUCCUUACCCAGAAACUGCAUGGUCCACUGUGGCACAGUUUUUUAGCUAAACAGAAAUCUAGACACCGUAGCGUCCUUCCGACACUAGUUUCUUCCUUAAUAACUGCGAAAACAUCGAUACCUUUCAACCACCACCGAAAAGUUAGGGGCUUGGGUUUUAGUUUUUACUUCUCGUUUCUUCAGAGUGCUACCGGUGGCUUCAUCCGAAGAAGAUGCGAGAUUGAUAAAGGGGUCAUGUCUUUCGGUGGGUUGAGUGUUGCUUUGAGUCUCGUGUUUGGGUGUCUUCUUCUGCUGGCUCUGUGUGCUCAGCUUUACUAUUUCUUAUGGUGGAAGAAGAGAAGGGUGCAGAUGGAUAUCCCGAUGGAUCAUGGCGAUUACGCAAAGGGGGUGUUUUAUUGGGGGUGUUGGAAGACCCCUUGCAGCAUGCAUGGUGGCAACGCCGGAGGCGUUGUUAGGGACAUGGAGAACACGAUUCAUGAACCGGAGAUGGAGCUGGAUUUGCUGCAGAAAUCCUUCGGAGAAGAGGGUGUGGAAUCGGAGUUGAUGAGGCUGCACAAUCUGGCUGGUCCACCCAGGUUCCUCUUCCCGAUCAAGGAGGAGACGAAGGAAGAUUUGGAAUCUGAAGAUGGUAAAUCCAGGGGUGACAGGAGCAGAAAGGGAUCAAGAACAAGAAGCCUGAGUGAUAUCAUGUUGACAAUCGACACCCCUUUUCUCACCCCUGUUGCUUCCUCUCCCCUCAAGUGUCCUUUGGCUCUGGACCCUCUUCAUUGUUACAAGCAUCAAGGAUUCAAUCCUCUCUUUGAAUCCUCGGCCGAAUUGGAUUACAACAGAUUUAGAUCCUCGCCGCCUCCGAAGUUCAAGUUCUUGAGGGACGCAGAAGAGAAAUUGCAGAGAAGAUUGAUGGAAGAGGCUCGGAGAAAAUCUGCGGAGAAUGUACAAGAAUGUGGGGUUAAAGAUUCUUCCCCUAAUGAAACAACCAUGGACGCAGAUUUUAGUGAUGGGUCCUUUCUCAAGUUCAUUCAGAACAAAGACACAACAACAACAACAGAAUGCAACAAAUAUCUACCACAGUUUCCUUCAGGUUCAUCUCAGAUUCUCCCGUUGGCAUCUUCUCCUACAACAUUGAGACCACUGGAGAAGGCAUCGAUUGUGCAUUAGUUUUAGUUCCACACAACUAGGCUUCUGUUAUUUACCAUAUUAUUAUGUUACAUUAAUUUUUCCAAAUGACUUCUAAUCUGAAAAUUUCACAACGCUUUUGGUAACCGGUAGCGUCCCUUUUUGGUUUGGACCUAUUGUGUGGUUUGAAAUGGUGAAUAGGAUGCAAAAAUUGGCGCAUGGUGUGGCAACAAAUAGAAUGCAGACUGACAUGCGCUCGAAGACGGUCAUGUUGCAAAGGAGCGAGUGGGGCAAUGUGCUUUUGUCCAUUAUUUCCCAUGUUUGCUGUGGCUUUAACCGGUUAAUCAAUCAUGUGAAUGAUGCUUGUUUGCUGCCAUUUUCUUAAUUUUGUGCUCUCAAUCAUUCAUUCUUUUUUCUUUUUA